AAUGGGUUCUUUUCAUACUACACCUUUCUAAUGAGCUGUUUAAAACUUCAGUGGAUUAGAAGAAUAGACAUGGUUACUAUAUGAUACCAUGAAAUGGUUAAAUAUUAUUGCCAGUGUGACAGAACCAUGGAGAUACCAUGCAGAUACACACUACUGGUCAUCCAUGUGACUGCACUUUUAGCCCACCACUGUGGUACCCGAGGGAAAGUAAGAAAUGAAGAUAAUCUAACAGGUCUUGGCUUGUCUUUUGACAGGAAAAUACCACAUGCAUUCUUAUGCUUUUUUAUCACAUGCAAGCUCUCAGGCAAAAGUUAUUAGCGUUCCAACAAGCAAAAGUUGACCAGACCUUUUUAAAUGAAAGGAAGAAUUUGUACAUCAUGAAAUGUAAGUAAAUUCCUCAUCCUACAUUUAAAAUUUUGCACUAUAAACUUAAAGCAGCAUUCAAAUAAGGGACUUUCAUACUAGAUAUACGUCCUGGUAAAAUGUUGGAAUAGCGGACUCUGAAUCAAACUCAGCAAGAAGUGCCUAGUGAACUCAAUACUGUAAAGCUUUCUUGGUAUUAUUCUAUGAAACCAAACGUUUGGUUCUACAAGCAAAGGGUUUGGAGUUUGCCUUAAAUAUAAGCCAGGAUAUUUUAAGUCUUCAUCCUUUUUAUGGUAAAAGUAUUUAAAGAAUUUUGAACUAGGUUCUGCUGAAUUUCUUAAUCCAUUAAGUCUGCAAAAACUUUAAAACAAAGCAAAAGUAUCAGCUUGAGUUUCCUGGGGGAUUAUGUAGGUAGGUAAUCAGUUAUAGAAGUGUAUCUUAAUUUUAAAAAAAUUGAAAUAUUUCCUUCAUCAUUUUGUUUAAGCAUAUGUGUCUUUGCAGUGAUUUUUGAGCUUAUUUUGAUUUGGGGACUGAUGAAGACUUCAAGAUUCCAGUGUGUGCUAGAAAAGGAGUAUUUCUGCUCUUCCAUUCCAAACGAUUUUCCAGAAGGCCUGACAUCUGUUCUAUUUGUUGUAACGAAGAUUGGGGUUAUCAACUCAAGUGUCUUCAACAGCCUAAACUUGAGAUCUGUCACCAGUCUAGCUCUAGCAAACAGUGGCAUCACAAGAAUUGAAACUGGAGCCUUUUAUGCUUUCCAUAGUCUCACCAAACUCAGUUUAUAUCAAAAUAAUCUGACUACAGUUAUGGCUUCUUGGCUUUCCAAACCAGGACACUUAGAAAACCUUACAAUGUCUCAGAACGUCAUUCAGGAAAUAGGCCCCCAUAUGUUGUCCAGUUUCUCUAACCUGACAACCCUUAAUUUAGCGAGCAACAGAAUUCAUAUGAUUGCGGGUGGAAGUUUGAAGAAUUUGUCUAAGCUAACUUUUAUUGAUCUAUCUGGUAAUAACUUAUCUACCUUAACAAGAAAUGUGUUCAGUGGGCUGAUGUCUCCAAUAAUGAAACUGGGAGACAAUCCAUGGAACUGUUCCUGUGAACUUCAAGAUUUUGGAUUUUUUUUGCAAGAGCUGAUGAAUGCUUCUGUGUUGGAAGAUGCUUCAUCUGUGGUGUGUCAGAGCCCACAAGCCCUGAAGGGUAUUCCAGUUUGGAACAUCUCUGACUUUAACUGCCCGCCUAUUCUCAUAUCACCAUCACUUGAGAAUUACUUCUAUAAAGUUGGAUUGCCAGCGAUGCUUCUAUGUUUAGUGUUGUUUUCAUUUCUUUUGCUGCUUCUCCUGCUCUGGAAGGUGAAACAAGAUAAAAAGCAAGUGCAGCCAGGUAAAGAAGCUACUGUUGAAAAUAGCCAUGACAAACUAACAGGCCACCUUAACAAGAUGACAGAGAGACUGAGGAGCAGAGGACUGUCAGAUGAAAAGGUACAGACAACAGUGAAAAUUGACAAAACCCUACAAAAUAGAAUGCAGAAAACUCGUGCAAAAUCUGCCUCGCCAAUUCUGUUGAGAACUGAGUUUCAACACAGUAGUUCUCAACACCAUAGACCAACUGAUGGGAACCAGGAACAACCCAGAACCUCUUGUACAGUAAUAAGUGAACAAGCCUGCAUGAAAAAUGAAGACUGCAACAAUGUUAUGGAACUGUGGUAUUUUAAUAGCUUGAAAGAUUGCAAUAAAAAGGCUAUGCAUAGUCACAAUGCAAACACUUCGCCAACUGAACUAUGCAUGGAAAUCCCGAAAACGGAUAGUUCAGAACUAUUAAAGCAGUCAUUGCAGGACCAUGGAAUUUCAGAAGUGUGUUGGAAUGAUGAAAUUAAAGGAAGGGGUAAUACGGAGAACGCUGAACCUCUGUUGUAUUUAAGUGUUGCUAGUACAACUGAAGAGACACCUAGUGUACCUGGCACUGAACAAAAAGAUGCUGUGAGUAGAAAUGUAAAUCUGAGGCUGUGUUCUUUGAGAAGAGUUCUUACUUGGCCAUAUGAAAAAUGCAAAAGGGACGAAAGCCAAAACACUUUAAAUUCAGAGGAUUUUUUCAAGGCACGUUUCUGUAUGCUCACCAGUGAUCCUGGUGUCUCAGCAGCAGUCAGAAAAACAGAAUUCAAAGAUGAACAAAAUCAGUAUAAUCUUCAUCUACAUACUGUAAAGGAACAAAAGGCAAUUCAUGAUUACAGCAGCAGUAAACCUAACUUAAAGAGAGAAGCAAAACCAGCAAACAAAUUAGUAUCUCCACUUAAGAAAGGACCUAACCAAAUAGCCACAAUGGAAAAUGCAUGCAUGUCAGUGCCUGGGAAAGGAUUCAGAGGCUCUGAGACUGUAAAAAAGAAUAAGAAUAACAAAGAUAUACCUUCGCAGUCUGGAUUCUGCAAUGACAGUCUUCACUCGCCAGCAUCCUCAGACAAAUCUGGUCACACCUCCUCCCCAUGUGAUAAUACAUUACUCGAAAAUAAUGAAUACACCUUCAUUGAUCUUUUGCAUGAAGUUGUGGAAAAUCGUGGGAGGUGGACCAGGCAGAGGUGGAAGCAGACCCAUCAAGUGCGAAUUGCUAGCCACCCGCCAAUGAAAUCAAAGUAAAUUAAUUGCACUCUGUCAAAAAAUGUUCCAUGUGCUAUAGGCUGCCUGUUUUAACCAAAAUUAUUGUUAUAACAUUUCAUUAGUGGUGACACAUGCCAGACUUGACAGUACUGGAAGCUAAAAUCCUCUAUUAUAGAUACUUCAGGAGCAAUGCAAACUGCUCCAUAUUGCCCUUCCAGAAUGCCUUAACCAUGUUUUGAAAAAGCAACUUCUAAGGAUGAGAGGGGACUUUUCUCCAUGGCCCAGUCAAUUCGUGGUGCCAAAAAGGGUGACACAUGUCAUGAAGGUUUUUUGUGAUGUGAUCAUUUAUUUACAGGGAGCUUGACUCAGACCCACCAAACUCAUUUCAUCUAGGCAACCAAACAGCUUUCAGAUGAGUCAUGAGUUUUGAUCAGUAAUCAUCUAGGGUAAAUUUUCCAAAAAUACCCAAGAGAUUUGCAUACUGAAGUCCCAUUGAAAGUAGAUAUGACUUGGGUACCUAAGUCACUUAGCACUUUUGAAAAUUUUAUCUCUAGGCUGGUUUUACACCGGGUAUGUAGAAGACUCCAAAUCCCAUUACUCACCCCCCUGAAAUAACCCAUAUCAUUACUGGUUUUGAUUCAAGCAGUCCACUAAGUAGGCAAAUUUAUUAAUUAUCCCUAGAAUUUUCCAGCUGCCUAGAAACGGAUAGUUCAUGGAGUACGGAGCCUUUCAGCUCUGGUUAUUGAUUUGCUCUACUCAUUGGCAGAGACCAUUAGUAUCCAGGGUUAUCAAUCUGGCAUAUUCAUGAGCAUCUAAAAUUAAUGUAAAAUUUUCAAUUUAUUUGCACAAAAUAUGAAAUGUUAACGUGUAUCAUGUCAUAAUGGGUUAUACCCCCUUAAAUGGAUUGCUAAUUGUGCGUGCGUGCGCUCU